AUGGAUUAUAGUCUUAUCAGACUUGUUGGUUCCUGCAACGGCUUGUUCAUUGUGGAAAUGGAAUUUAUUGGUGGUCCUUCUGAUGAUGAUGAUGAUUCUAUAUAUUUUUAUCAUAUUUUUCUAUGGAACCCAGCGACUAGAGAUGUCAGGCAAGUUCCCGACCCAUCAACACGCAUCCAUUCAAGGAAUCCAAAUUAUGGAUUUGGGUUCAAUCCUGUCCUUAAUGAUUACAAAAUAGUGAGAAUUUAUACAUAUGACUUUGCUUAUGCUGCGAAUCGACGUAAAAUCUUUGUGGACAAAAAUUGUGCUCAUGAUGUGGAAGCGUAUUCAUUAAGAAGAGGGUCAUGGGAGAAAGUAGAAUCUGUGGUUUUAAAUAGAGUAAGGUAUCUUAAAUCCUUUCAAGCUGUCGUUUCUAAUGGAACUAUGUUUUGGUUAGGGAAGAUGGAUGAAGAACAUGAUCUUUAUGUGGUAGUUUCAUUUGAGAUAGCAACAGAAAUAUUUUCACUGAUGCCACUACCUUCUUCAUCAGUAACCCCUAAUUUAGGUUCAAAUAUAAGGCUUAGCGUGCAUGAGAACAAACUUGCUAUGUUUUGGGGGCCUUAUUAUAAGGUUGGAAAGGCUGAUUGUUCUUUCUUUGAUUUAUGGGUGAUGGAGGAGGAAGGGAAGAGUUGGAGUUGGACUAAGAAAUUUAGUAUUGGUCCAACAUCAAAGUGGUUAUAUCCCUUAUGUAUUUGGAGCAAUGAAAUUGUCUGCACCAAUAAUGGGCCAAUUCCAGGAGGGUUCAGUAGUGAAAGUGAUGAGGAUGAAGAAGAGAAUGGGACAAACCUCUUUUUAUCUUUGUUCAAUCUCACUACUAAUGAAUGGACGUCGCACAACUUUAUAAAUGAAAUUAGUUAUUAUGAGAACAUUUUCAAUUAUGCAGAAAGUCUUGUCAGUCUGUAA